CACCACCCAACACCUAAAAGCAUAGUGUCAUGCAACUCUCACCCUUUAACUAACACGGUAUAUAACAUCAUAAUCAAUUGCAUCAUCUCUCUUCUGCCCGCUGGCCUUAAAUAAUGUACCAAAAGCAAGUAUAUAAAGAAUCAAGCCUUCUUGAUUGAAUUUGCCAGAAAAAAAAAAAGGAAGAAGUAGAGUUCGAUUGAGAACAAUAUAGUAUAGAUGCCAAUGGAAAGCGAAAAAAGCGUGUCAGUCUUGAAGAAAUCUGAUCCCGGGAAGGCCACAAUUCUUUCCCUUGGCAAGGCUUUUCCUCACCAGCUUGUCCUUCAGGAUUUUUUGGUCGAUGGUUAUUUCAAAAACACGAAUUGCGAUGACCCUGACCUGAAACAAAAGCUCACUCGACUAUGCAAGACAACCACUGUAAAAACCAGAUACGUAGUCAUGUCCGAAGAAAUCCUAAAAAAGUACCCAGAGCUAGCACUCGAAGGUCUCCCCACAGUGAAACAAAGGCUAGAAAUUUGCAACACAGCAGUCACGCAAAUGGCAAUUGAGGCAUCACAAUCUUGCAUCAAGAAAUGGGCCAGGCCCAUCUCGGACAUAACCCACUUAGUCUACGUCUCCUCCAGCGAAGCCCGUUUGCCCGGCGGUGAUCUUUACCUGGCAAACGGGCUGGGCCUCCGGCCCAACACCCAGAGGACUAUGCUCUACUUUUCGGGCUGCUCGGGCGGAGUUGCGGGCCUUCGGGUCGCGAAAGACAUUGCUGAGAAUAAUCCAGGGAGUAGAGUUUUGCUUGUAACCUCAGAAACUACUGUAAUUGGAUACAGGCCACCAAAUGCUGAUAGGCCAUAUGAUUUAGUGGGCGUGGCCCUGUUUGGAGAUGGGGCCGGGGCUUUGAUAAUUGGGUCGAAUCCUGAUUUUGAGACUGAAACUCCUCUUUUCGAACUGCAUACUGCCAAACAACAUUUCUUGCCCGGUACUGAAAAGAUCAUUGAUGGUAAACUAACAGAAGAGGGCAUAAGUUUCAGGCUGGACAGGGAGUUGCCACAGAUAAUCGAAGACAAUAUCCAAGAUUUCUGUGUUGGGCUUAUGGGCUUUGGUGGGUUUUCCAAAAAGGAUUACAACAAGCUGUUUUGGGCCGUUCAUCCAGGUGGGCCUGCUAUUUUGAACAGGCUUGAGAAGAAACUGGAAUUGCUGCCCCAAAAGCUGAGUGCUAGCAGAAGGGCCUUGGCUGAUUAUGGGAAUGCAAGUAGCAACACAAUUGUGUAUGUUUUGGAGUACAUGUUAGAAGAGAUGAGAAGAGAGAAAAGUGAUGAUUGGGGAUUAAUACUGGCUUUUGGGCCUGGGAUCACUUUUGAAGGGAUACUCACAAGGAAAAUCACUGUGUGAGGAGUGAAACAAUAAUUAUUAUUACUAUUUACAUUUUUAAAUGAAGGAGAAAAAAAAAAAGCUCAUAUGAGUAUUUUUCUAUGAUGAUUG